AUGUCCUCUUCUGAAGUCCACGGGCCUACUCAAACAGGACAGAUGAAGACAGUUGUACCGGUCGCUGAACUGCUCAACAUGACAACAAAAUGUCCCAUUUCCGAUACUUUUAAGAGUGUUCUGGGCUCUAAUGAUGCUUCGACCGCAGGUUCAGUCAAACAAACAGACGCUCUUUGGCGAUUUGUCAUGACACCUUCAAAUGGUCCCAUGCAAAGUUGA